AGCUAGUCACAUAUCUUAGCUGAUCAACUCUCUCGAUAUUCGCCAGAAUUCCAACCAACCCCGGACCUCCACCACUACUGCAGAAUCUUAUCAUACCGUUCAACAUCAGCGGUAGAAUACCUCAUGAGUGCAGACACCAACUCUGAAAUGGACAACUACGCUGUUAUGGAUGAUAUAGACACACUGGAGUCUAUUAAAUUCAACCUACACGAGAAUCUAAGUAAUGAUGCUACCCUUCAACAGGGAGGGCUCAAAUCCUAUACCGCCAACGAAAAUAGUAGUGUGAUUUACGAAAGGAAGAAGUCGGAUCAUUCCGUCAAGGUCGAAAGGCUUCUCUGGGUAGACGGGUGGGAAGAGACUAUUGGAAAGGGGGAGAGCGUAGUGAACAAACAGGAAAUGACGCUCAUAGUUCUCAAGUUUUUACUAGCAUCACAAGAUCCAGAUACGAGGAUCAGUUUUAUGAAAGCAUCCAUCUUGUUUGAAGACCCAAACAAGGACGCCAAAAACACUGGGGCCCCAGGCGGACCAGAAGUAAUAGCGUGGGCUCCUUUUCACUCAGAGGAACGCUGGAAUGGGACAUCUGCCGAGCUAAAGGAAACUACCACUAUAGAGGGGAAUUUCAAUGCUGGUUAUUCGAACAUUGGGGUCUCUGGUAAGCGCGGCUACGAGGGCGAGAUAUCAUGGGCUCGAACCGACUUCGACAAGGGGCGCGCGAUACCCGAGACGAACAAUGCUGGUGGAUACAACGGAGUCACGUGGACUCUAGAGCAGAAUCCAUUGCAAAAAAAGGGGGUCGCGCAAGAAAUCUGGACCACGGUCCUCUUAUCGAGGCAAAGCAAUGCCCCCUACUUGGUGAAUUUCAAUAUAGACGUGCGUGCUGGCACCGUCCAAGAAUAUAAGGACAAAACCAAGCGCUUUUUUGGCUUCGGGCCGGGACAAACUAAAGCUUUUUUGGUUACCCCGUGGAAGAAGGAUGUCUGCAACUCCGAGGGCGAGGACAUCAUGCAGUGCAUUGACUUGAAAAACCUAGGGAGGCUUCGGCAGCAAGGAAAGAGGACUAAGCUAGAAGUCAAGUGGGGGCCUAGCUAUAAGAUUGAAACAUCGAAGCCUAUACAGGUCGCCGUGGACGACACCACCAUUAGUGACAUGGAAGAGAAGAAACUCGGUAGGGUAGUGAAUACGGCAGCGCCUCCAGCUUCAACAGUGGGCUCCCCAGCUCCAUCGAUGCCUAACACGCAAUCUUUUACACUACCUGUCACUUCUGGUCCUCCCCGAACUGACCAGUCAACACUCCCACCUCUGUUAAUUGGCUGGUGUAACCAAACCCCGACGUUGAUCGCCGACACAACCCGACUUACGGCAUUGGAGGCACGGCUGGGACAGAUAGAAGCCCGCCUUGCGCAGCAGGACUUAUUGAUACUACAGUUGCAGCGGGCGCUUGCGGCGAAGGACAACUAA